AGCUUUUGAUUGAACACAUACACAACUACACCUGUGCGCCAAUGGCACAGCAAGCCAUUAUGUUCGUCACCAAGAAAGAGAUAUGCUACAGACGGUCUUUGUAGAGACUUGAUACCCAGUUCUAGAUGGCUCAACUGUGUUGCUGAUAUUAGUUCGCUGUUGUUGCCGCAAUGUCUAGUAUUGGAAUCCUUGUUUGUGCUUAUCUGGGUUUCUUGGCUUGCGCCUUUACGUCUCUUUGUGCUAUAUUGUAUUCAACUCGAGAAACACCCUUUGUUAAAUCGAUGUAUUGAGCGCACCGCUUUGUUUAAUCGUUCUUUGAAAGUUUCUGCCAUCUAGUCUCAAUGGCAGAAUUCAAGUGAUUUGGAACAAAGCCGUGAUUUCUUGCCAACGAUAUAUAUUUGAUCCAAUGAGGGCUUCGAUUGGGGUGUUUCCCAUUUGGCUUCUUCAUUCCAAAUCACUGUAUAUUCAACUCGCAAUACCCAGGACCGGGCUGUCCAGACACUACGAACCUAACUCUCAGUUUGUAUUAUCUCCUUCACAUAUCACAUACUCCUUUUCAGUCACAAAAACGUGCCGGUCACUAUUUCAGUCUAAUAGCGAAAGGUACACUGUUUCUCCGUAAAAAUGGCCCGACACAAUGGAGGCUUUAACAAUCAGCAUCAGGCGAAUGGAAACAACACCAACAACAACAAUCGCCAAUGGAUGAACAACAACAAUAAUAACAACACUAGUAAUAACAACAAGAACAACAAUCGGCAGCAGAGGAACGCCAACGGAGUCAACAACAAUAACAAUAGAAAUCGCAACAAUAACAACGGCCCUCGAAAUCAGUCAAACCAACCAACCAAGAGCGCAAAACCUUGCAGAUAUGGAUUGCAAUGCACCAAAAUGGCCAAUGGAAGCUGUCCGUUCGGCCACCCGAAUAGCGGCAAUGUUAACCAUAUUAAAAAUUCGGGUCUUGGCAACCACGGGGUUCGAAACAAUGAAGGCCUAGGCACUACACAACCCUGGGACUUUGGCGAGUUUAAUCCCAUCCCCCACACUUUCGACAGUCAUAUUAACCAAGGUCAACCGGGAAAUAAGCUGAUGCUAGAGAGCUGGGAAUCCCAGAGGCAGCUUAGAAGAGAUCAUGAGCAGCUGGUGCAGGAGCUCAGCGACUACAAGCUGAACCAUCCAAGCAGUUGGUCCAAGGAAGAGGCGUUCCAACGUAUGUCUGUUGAGCUGAGGAGCUACGUCGCGGACAAGUACGUCCAGCAUAUGAACGCGGAAGAACUGGAGCGUAAAAGAAAGCCCGGAAUUUGGGGUUGA